AGAUGGCGGUGUGCAUCGCGGUGAUCGCCAAGGAGCUGGCAUUCACGGUGCCAUACUGGGAAGGCUCCACAGAGUGGAAGGUGGCCAGGACACAGUGAACCACAGAAUUACCCCCUGUACAUCCGCAGCACCCCCAUGGAGAGUGAGCUGAAGUUCCACUACAUGGUGCACACCUCCCUGGAUGUGGUAGAUGAGAAGAUCUCCACCAUGGGGAAGGCCCUGGUGGACCAGAGGGAGCUCUACCUGGGCCUGCUGUACCCAACAGAGGACUACAAGGUAUACGGCUACGUGACCAACUCCAAGGUGAAGUUUGUCAUGGUGGUGGAUUCCUCCAACACAGCCCUUCGAGACAACGAAAUCCGCAGUAUGUUCCGGAAGCUGCAUAACUCCUACACAGAUGUGAUGUGCAACCCCUUCUACAACCCUGGGGACCGCAUCCAGUCCAGGGCCUUCGACAGCAUGGUGACGUCUAUGAUGAUCCAGGUGUGCUGAGCAGGACUGCCCUGAGGAGACGCCUGUGCCGAGCUGUGUAGAGACUUCCCUUUCUGUCAUUUCUGUCCUGAGUGUUGAGACGUGCCCGGGGGCGGGGUGGGCUGGAGCGGGUGCCUCCCCACUAAAGGCCUUUUGAGGUGA